CCGACACUGACAUAAGACAUUUGACACGACGUCGUUGUUGGAAUUUACGAAAAGUUGCGUUUUUGUGUUGUUAAAUAUAGAUUUUUUUCAGUUUUACGGGUAAUUUGUGUAAGAACUAUGGAUGUAUGUAGAAUCUGCCUUUCCCCAGACCCAGUUAAAGAUGUGCUUAAGAUACAAACCGAUAAAAAUAUGGAUAACAAAAGUUUUAUAGACAUCAUAAUGUUUUGCUUAGACGUCCAGGUCAGUGAUACAAAAAUAAGUACAAAAAUAUGUUUGAAAUGCUACAGGAAAAUUAUAUCUUUUCAUAAAUUCAAAACUUUAGCUAUGAAAAAUGAUGCAUAUCUAAGAUCCCAGAACUGUGAAUUAAAUAAUGGAGCUUCAUACAAAGUUGAUAAUGAGAUUAAAGUAGAAAUUAUGUCAAUUAGUGAUAUCAAUGAAGAUAAUGUCAAGGAUGAAAUGGAGAUAAAAAACGAAGAGUUUAUGUCACAUGAUUACCAGUCUGAUGAUGAACUGCUUAGUGUUAUGAAGAAAAUUAAGUAUGAAUUUGUAGAAGAGGAAACUAAAGAAAAUGAGCCUGUUAAAAAGAAAAAGGGCAGACCAAAGAAACCAAAGAAAGAUAAGAGUGAUAACAUUGAAGAGAAACGUGUUUGUGAUGAAUGUGGUUUAGUGGUGCGAAAUCUUAAGGACCAUAUGCAACGCCAUCUACCUGACACCAAACGGAAAAGGUUUCCAUGUAAUUUGUGUGAAAAAAUAUUUGCCAGCGCAAGUGCAAAGUACAAACAUGUCAAAAGAAAACAUUUGGGCAUCAAAAAACAUUGCAAAGUGUGUGAUAAGAAUGUGGUAAAUCUGAAACAACACGUACUAGUGAUGCAUAACAGCGAAGCGUUGCCGUACGAGUGCAUCGCGUGCAAGCGCCGGUUCAUCACCAAGUCGCGACUGGAGGUGCACAUGCUCAUCCACACUAAGGAUCGGCCGCACGCGUGCGAACAGUGCGGCAAGCGGUUCCGCACUAAACUAACUUUGAGUAUGCACACGAGACAGGUGCAUGAUAAAGAGAAAACACAUUUGUGUCAAUUUUGUUCCAAGAGCUUUUUCAAAAAGCAUCAUUUACAAAUCCAUUUAAGGAGUCACACGAAAGAGAAGCCAUACGGGUGCAAAGAGUGCGGCAAGUACUUUUCAUCAAGUACAACGCUCAAGAACCACGCACUGAUCCACAGCGACGUGAAGACGUUCAACUGCACCGUCUGUGACAUGAGCUUCGUUAGGAGCGGCUACCUGAAGGCCCACAUGCUUAGCCACACCAAAGAGAAACGCUACGCGUGCCAGUUCUGCAACGUGAAGUUCCACCGCUCCGACCACCGCAAGCGACACGAGUACACCGCGCACAAGCGACAUCUAGCGAUAGAAACCAGUGACACGUAAUAUAACAACAAAUAUGAACAGGAUGAUAGGUUUCUGGAACAUGAUUGUACAUAUCGACUAAUAUUUUGAUAUU